GGUCCCCAUGUCCCCCAUACAUACUCUGCUCCAUCCACCUGCCAAUGCCCAGUACAUCAACCUUCACAUUCCUUUGUGCCAAUAAUUAUACUCUUCACACCUUUCGUCGCCCAUUUCCGUGCCAGCCAUGAUAAUAUUCCAUAACCCACCACCAAACCGCUGCGACUAGAUUAGCUCUUCAUGACAAAUAAUUACAUCUCGCUACUAGCUUAGAGCUUCCCGGCUCACCCAGGACCCGACCACCAUGACGAGAAGAGAGGGUUCGUCAUCGGCGAGGACCAGUUCCACGGCGAGCUCCAGAUCCAUCGACACCAUCCAUGCGCCCGUCCCGACACAACCUGUCAACGCCUCAUUGUUCCGCUCGCCAUCGCGCACCCGAACACCUAUUCAGCUCAAGAUAGCUAGGAAGGAAAAGCUCGAAAACGAAUCUCAAAUCUCCCCAACCCAACUCACAGGCCCGCUGUCCGGUGAUAGCACGACACCUUCUUCGAAUGCUCCCGCCGCAGCCUCGUUCACCGCGUCGACCUCACCUCCACCCUCGAAGGAACACCGCCGAUUAAGCAACGACUUCGCCAACUACCGCCGCGACCUCUCCGUGCUCGACACCUCAGGCGGUCGCAUCCCGAGCAUACAGCACAAUCCGCCGUCCGCGGUGAGUCCGCGACAGUACAGCGCGCCGUGGAUGUCGCCGACGACGCAGAAUGGCGCGACGAUGCCGACGAGUGCGUUCGGGACGAGUUUUUACGAUGACUCGAGCGAUAAUCAUUCGAUGAACUCGCAGUUGUCGCCGAGUAUGAGGCCGGGGACGUCGAGGACGUUUAGUGAUCCCGAGGUGGAGGUAGGGCCGGAUGAUGAGAGGAGGCCGUCGCUGGCGAGUGUGGCGACGUCGGGGAGUAAUGGGUCCAGGGGGAGUGUGGUUAGGACGGGGAUACAUAAGAAGUUACAGGGCUUCUUUGGGGAGGAGUAUGGCUCGGAUGUGAGUCUACCUGCGCAACAGCAGGCUGGGAAGGAGCAGAGGACGAAUUCAUAUUCGAGGCAUAGGGAACGGAAACCCUCAUCCACGGCGGAGGCUAGAGAUUCGUCUCCGGUGCCCAGCAGACCUCGAACUCCAGUACCCUCGAGCGACGUGGUGCCAUUCUUGUACCAGGAUUCAGUUGAUAUCUCAAGGUACGGCGAAGCGCCAGUUCGAACUAAUCUCUCAGGUGUAGACAGAGAACGCUAUAUCGCAGAAGAACCACCCCAACCACCACCAAAACCAUCAACAGCGCGAGCCCAAGCCUCAGCCAAAGUUCACCGAGUCGUCCACGGCCACCGCCACAACAAAAGCGACGAAGCCGCCAAAGCCGCCCGACCCUCAACUGCCAGGGAAGACAUGGCAUACUCGGGGAGAGAACGCCAGAACACCGGCACGGGCUCUGGUUCUGGUCCCUCGAGGCUACAACCACAACCGCAAAAGCGCGCACCAAGUCCAACACCCAGCUACACGAGCCAGAAUACCAUAGGCCAGACUUCGACGGGAUCGACGAUUACGAUACCGGGACAGACAAAGAAGCCGGGGAUCCUGGCGCGAUUUAGACGGCCAAAGGACAAAGAGGAGCCGGCGUCGGGAAUAUUAAAGCAUCUCCCAGGCUCUGUGAGGUCUUUCGCAGGGCCGAGCGGAGAAGCACAACCACAAGCCCCUUAUGAACAGCCGCCUAUGGACGCUUAUGGUCGAGGCGACGGUAGUCUUGGAUACGCUGCACCUCAAGAACCUCCUUUGCAAGCGUCAGGGAACGGUAGUGGUAACGGUGCGCCGUCGAGUGGUCGCCCACCCUCAUCACGGCAGGGGGCGCGACAGGCGGCGUUUGGGAAACUGCCUUUUACCAAGAAAGCGAAACGGAAUCGGAUCCAGGAGGAACGCGAGCAAGCUGAGGCUCAGAGAGAGCGGAAGCGCACGGAGAUGAACUCGAAUCUCUUUAAUUUCGACUCCGACCUGACGAAUAUGGAGGGUAUAUUGCAGAAGCCGCCGUCACAUGAGCCGCUGGAGAGCGCGGUGCAAGGCAGUGAGCAAGAAGAGGUUGCAGUACCAGAAUCGGGUGGAGGGCUGCUCGGCUGGAACGCCCCCGAUAGUUGGGCAGUUAAGAAGGUCUCUGAUUUGAACAUGACGGGCCCUGAAGCCGAUGAGACUGAUAUGCCGCGGAAGUUUGAGAAGUCGCAGCAUCCGUACUGUAUACGGAUUUUCAAGGCGGAUGGGACGUUUGCUACGUUGUCUGUGGACCUGUCUGCUACCGUUGCGGAUGUCAUUACGCAGUUUGGGAGGAAGACGCAUAUUACGGAUAGUCUUGACAACUACCAGAUCAUCAUGAAGAAGCAUGCUUUGCAGCGGAUUCUCAGCGCUGGCGAGAGGCCGGUUAUUAUCCAGAAGAGGCUUUUGGAGCAGGCGGGAUACCAGGAGAAGGAUGAUAUUGAGGAUCUUGGGAGGGAGGACCAGACGUACCUUUGUCGAUUCCUCUUUAUUCCGCAGCGCGACAGUGGGUAUGCGGCGAUAUCGCAGGAUCUGGGCUUGAACAAAUCGCAGAAGUUCAGUCAUGUUGACUUGUCUGGGCGCAACCUCAUCACCAUCCCCAUCGUGCUCUAUUCGAAGGCGACGGAAAUCAUAUCACUUAAUCUCUCCCGCAACCUUUCUCUCGGACUGCCAAAGGACUUCAUACAGUCGUGUAUCAACCUCCGCGACAUCAAGUAUGUCAACAACGAGGCACACAAACUGCCGCAAAGUCUUGGGCGAGCCAGCCGACUCACAAUCUUGGACGUCUCCAACAAUCGGCUGGAGCAGUUGGAGCACGCGGAGCUGGACCGUCUGGCGGGGUUGAUAAGUUUGAAGCUCGCAAACAACAGGCUGACGCAUCUCCCGCCGUACUUUGCCAUCUUCAAGCAACUCCGGACGCUGAAUGUGUCGUCGAACUUUCUGGAAUCGUUUCCAGAGUUCUUGUGUGACCUCCCUGGCUUGGUGGAUUUGGAUAUGAGUUUCAAUGCGGUUGACAAGCUGCCGAAUGCGAUUGGGAGGCUCACUAAUUUGGAACGGUUUGUUAUUACGAAUAAUCGCCUGUCUGGCUCAUUGCCGGAUACGUUUUCUCAGCUGUGCGAUCUUAAGGAGGUGGAUGUUCGGUAUAAUGCUCUAUCGAGUAUUGAUGUUAUAGCUGCCCUUCCGAUGGUUGAGCAGAUUUCUGCUGAUCACAACUCCGUCUCUGUUUUUGAAGGGAGUUUCGAUAAGAUCCGAAUCCUUCGCCUCAAUUCAAAUCCUGUCACAAGAUUUGAGAUCAAAAGCCCCGUCCCGACGCUGACAACGCUCGUUCUAUCAAAUGCCAAACUGGCACAUAUCGCAGACGGGUCGUUUGAGAGAAUGCCAAACCUAGUCAAGCUCGUGCUCGACAAGAACCAUUUCGUUUCUCUACCUCGACACAUCGGGAAGCUCCGAAACCUAGAGCACUUCAGCAUUGCCAGAAACGCCUUAAGCAGUCUCCCUCCCGAGAUCGGCUGCCUAACCGAACUCCGCAUCUUCGACGUCUCGCAGAACAACCUCAAGAAGCUCCCCCAAGAGAUUUGGUGGGCGAGCAAACUCGAAACCCUCAACAUCUCCGCCAACGUGCUCGCGCACUUCCCCAAGCCCAGUUCCCGGCCGCCGCAAAUCCCGACAGAUGCCCCCUCGGCGUCGGAUCGACAGGGCUCGUUCUCGCAGGCCAGCACGCAGCCCGCGUCGAGGAAUCCGAGUCGUGAGGAGAUAGGGCCGCUGGAGGGGUUCGGGCAGCGGAGACCGAGUCAGACGCUGGGAGGGUUGCUGGCGGUGGGAAGCUCGCCGGUGCCGAGUCCCGGGGGGGGGAUUAGGAAUGAUUCUAUUAUAUCGAUUUAUGGGAAGGGUGGGAGGCAGGCGGCGGUUGUGUCGAGGACGGGGUCGUUGAGUACGCAGGAGACGGCUACGGCGUCGUCGUCGACGCCGACGAGGAAGGAGAGUAGCUUGUCUGCGAAGCUGGCGAAUACGUUUGCGGUUACGCUGAAGAAUCUUUAUCUGGCUGAUAAUCAGCUUGAUGAUGAUGUUUUUGAUGAGCUUACCCUGCUUGGGGAGCUGAGGGUGCUGAAUCUGUCGUAUAAUGACCUUAGCGAUCUGCCGAGGAGGACGUUGAGGAGUUGGCCUCAGCUUGUGGAGUUGUAUCUCUCGGGGAAUGAUCUUACUUCGUUGCCGUCGGAUGAUUUUGAGGAUUACAGUCUUUUGCAGGUGUUGCAUAUUAACGGGAAUAAGUUCCAGACGCUCCCAGCGGAGCUGGGCAAGGCGCAUCGUCUUACGGUGCUGGAUGUUGGUAGCAACUCGCUCAAAUACAACGUCUCGAACUGGCCGUACGAUUGGAACUGGAACUGCAAUCCUAAUCUCAAGUACCUCAACUUGUCGGGCAAUAAGCGGUUGGAGAUCAAGCCGAAUAUUACGUAUGGUUCUAGGGGUGAGGAUCGUGAUGAGAUGAGCUCGACGGAUUUUAGUGCGCUGGUUAAUCUGAGGAUUCUGGGACUCAUGGAUGUCACACUGACUAUCCCAACAAUCCCCGACGAGACGGAGGAUAGGAGAGUUCGUACCUCCGGCACGCUAGCCGGAUCGAUGGCCUACGGAAUGGCAGACACACUCGGCCGCAACGAGCACCUCUCCAUCAUCGACCUCGUCGUCCCGCGCUUCAACUCCAACGAAUCCGAGACGCUCUUGGGCAUGUUCGACGGCCAAGCCGCCACGAGCGGCGGCUCAAAGGUAGCGAAAUACCUGCACGAGAACUUCGUCCGCAUCUUCAGCGACGAGAUCAAGAUGCUCAACCCCGCCAUCCACGACACCCCCGUCGACGCCUUGCGUCGUGCGUUCCUAUCGCUGAACAAGGAGCUCGCGUCUGGCGCGACGCAGUACGUGGAGGAUCGCUCGCUGUUGUCGCAUCGCGGGUCCUCACCGCCUGCUGUGCUGACGCAGGCGGAUUUGAAUUCGGGGGGUGUGGCGACGGUGAUGUUCCUGGAGCAGAUGGAGCUCUAUGUCGCGAAUGUGGGGGAUGCGCAGGCGAUGCUGAUUCAGUCGGAUGGGAGUCAUCGUAUUCUCACACGCAAGCACGAUCCUGCUGAGCCGGCUGAACGGCAGAGGAUUCGCGAUGCGGGGGGGUGGGUGUCGAGACAGGGGAAGCUGAAUGAUAUUAUUGGUGUCUCGAGGGCGUUUGGGUAUGUUCAGCUCCUGCCGGCUGUACAGGCCGCGCCGCAUAUUACGCAGAUCACGCUCAAGGAGCAGGACGAGAUGGUUAUGAUCGCCUCGAGCGAGCUGUGGGAGUACCUAUCCCCCGAGCUGGUCGUCGACGUCGCUAGGUCGGAACGCAACGAUCUCGUGCGCGCGGCGCAGCGGUUGCGCGAUCUCGCUAUGGCGUUUGGGGCCACGGGGAAGAUUAUGGUGAUGAUGAUGGGGGUGAGUGAUCAGAAGAGGCGGGAUCGGAUUAGGAUGAAUAGAGGCCCCAGCAUGACGCUAGGACCGACGAGUGUCCUGGAUGAUGUGUACUUGCCUAAUAAGCGGAUUAAGCGCACGAAAGAAGCGGUGGAGGAUUCGAUGCUGAGGCGGUUGGAGGCGGAGGUGCAGGCGCCGGUGGGGGAGAUUAGUAUUGUGUUUACUGAUAUCAAGGGGUCGACUGCGCUGUGGGAGAAUAACCAGAGUGCGAUGCGCUCGGCUAUCCGACUACACAAUGAGGUUAUGCGACGGCAGCUGCGGAUUAUCGGCGGCUACGAGGUCAAGACUGAGGGAGACGCGUUCAUGGUCUCCUUCCCCACCGCGACGUCGGCCUUACUCUGGUGUUUCUCGGUACAAUCGCAGUUACUGGAGAUCCAAUGGCCGUCCGAGAUCCUGAACCACACGAUCGGGAAGGAAGUCAUCGACGCGGACAGCAACCUCAUCUUCCGCGGCCUCUCCGUGCGCAUGGGCGUCCACUUCGGGACUCCGGUGUGUGAACACGAUCCCGUGACGAGGAGGAUGGAUUAUUUCGGGCCGAUGGUAAAUAAGACGUCUCGUAUCUCGUCUACCGCGGAUGGGGGGCAGAUUGCUGUUUCUGCGGAUUUUAUAUCUGAGAUCCAGCGCUGUCUGGAGAAUUAUAGCGAGACUGAGCGGGAGGGUGCGGCGGGGGCGGGAGGGGGUGUGGAUGAGGAGAUGGAGGAUCCUGCUGCGGAGAGCAUUAGGAGGGAGUUGAGGAGUUUGUCAAGUCAAGGGUUUGAAGUCAAACCUAUGGGUGAGCGCAAGCUGAAGGGUCUCGAGAACCCGGAGUACAUAUACCUAAUGUACCCCCACUCGCUCGCCGGGCGCAUAGUGCAGCAACCCCUCCUCGGCUGCGACCUGGCCGAAGCAGCAGCGACGAAGAUGAAAGAGGAAGCUGGUCGCGGCGCGGAGGAAGGGAACCUGAGGCUGACGUUUGAGCCGAAGGGGGAUUUGUCGAUUGACCCUGAGUCGAUUUGGGGGCUUUGGAGGGCGAGUUUGAGGCUUGAGAUGGUGUGUGAUGGGUUUGAGGAUGGGGUUUCUAAGCCGCUUUAUGGGGCGCAGACAGAGUUGGUGGAGAAGUUGGCGACGAGGGGGAGGGAUAUGACUGAUGAGUUGCUGGUGGCGUUUAUGAGGAAUUUGAUUUUGAGGAUUGAGGCAUGCAUAACCAACGUCUCCCUCCGCCGCGGCGUCGCAGCCACGAAGGACCAUGUCGCCGCGGAAGCGGUGUCGGAUUUCAAGAAGUAUAUUCGGCCGCUUGAUGAGGUGCUGAAUACGGUGGCGGAGCAGCAGAGGUUGGUGGAGAGGUAUCGGGAGAGGUUUGGGGAGUUGGAGGUUGAGGAGGUGGGGGAGGGGGAGGGGGGGAAGGGGAAGAGGGUGAAGGGGGUUGUGGAGGAGGUUGUGGAGGAGGUUGAAUGA